AUGAUCUAUGUCAUUGGCGGCUACUUCUUGACCAAAGAACAGCUCACCACCUUCGGUGCUAAGCGUGGUCUCAACAUUCCCAACGGCAAAGCUUACAUCCUGAACUCCCACCUGCUCUCCAGGGGCAUCAGAUCCUGUACUGCAGUCCCGGUCACUUUGCCUCAGAAGGUCCCAAACUCUGAGGAGCCUGUUGUAUGUGGGACUUUGAUUACUACUCACCAGCGAGAUGAUAAAGCGGAGCAUUUCCGCGAUUGCGUUCCGUUUGUAGAAGACGACGAUGAUUUGAAGAUCAAGCGCUGA